AUGACACCGCCCUCGUACCCCUGCGGCGCCGCCCAUCGGUCUGUCACCGCCACGCCCACAUUCCAAGCCCUUUCUAUGAGACGCGGGUAUAAAAAGGCAGCAAGGGACGUGUGGGGCGUCCUAGUCUGUAUGCUCUUGCUGACCUCAUCGAUCGUAUCUUCUGAAGCCAAAGUCCCUGGGUUGUUGACUUACCUGCCUGCACUUUCCACCAAUUCAGUUUCCAGCGAGGUCCACGUCACGCGCAAACCCUAUUUCAGCAACGUUUUAACGCCUGGAUAUAAGCCUGGGAUAAUUUCUGGAUACCGAACUGCUCAAGAGCCCGUUCGGACUGUUUAUAAACGGAAAAUCAGUCCCAUAUCUGUUAUUUCAAGCGUUGUGGCAGAUCAACCGAUCGUCUCUACGUCCCUAGCCGUUCGUAAAACUAAGCUUAAACACAAGAACAAACUUAGAAACAAAAGCCAGUGGGACCCAAAAUACAAAUCGAAGUUUCUGUCUCAUCUGAUCCACAAAUCUAGGCCUAAAUACAGCGAAAAAACGGCCUUUAAAGGGAAAAUAACGAGGUACCGACCCGCCAUCUCGUCUCGAGCGAAUCACCGGCUGAAGCAUAAACGGAGAGAGAUUUUCGGACCUGAAAAUCUUCAAGGCAAUUCGACAAGUGACGAGAAACCUUUUUCUAGUAGCAACUUAGAGCUUCCACGUAAGGAUAAAGCUGCACAGGAGGCUUCAAAGCUUGACCAGGAGAGUGAAGGUUCGUCGAGAAAAGAUUUGGGAGUCGAAGCAGAUGUUAAGAAGGUCACCUACCACGUGGACGGCGACUCAGGCUACGUGGCCGAGGUCACCUAUGAGGGACAGGCUCGGUAUCCUGGCGAGUCUGUGUCUACUUACGAGCCUGAGACUACUUACGAGACUGUAUCUACUUACGAGCUUGCAGCUGCUUACAGGCCUGCAGCUGAUUACAAGCCUGCAAUUACUUAUCAAUCUGUUCCGUCCAACAAGCGUGCAACUACUUACAGGCCUGAAACUUACAAGACUGCAACUACUUACAAGCCUGCAACAAUUUACAAGCCUGUUGCUCCUUACAUGUCUGUUCCGUCUAACAAACUCGCAUCUCCUUACGAAGCUGCUUCAUCCUACAAGCCUGCACCUACUUACAAACCUACCCGAUCCAACGAAUCUGUAUCUACUUACAAGCCUACUCCAUUCUACAGGUCUACAACUACUUAUAAGCCUACUCCAUCCUCUAGGUCUACAGCUACAUACAAGCCUAUUCCAUCCUCUAGGUCUACAACUACUUACAAGCCUACUCUUUCCGACAAACCCGUGCCUACUUACACGCCUGCAAUUACUUACAAGCCUAUUUCAUUUUACAAUCCUGUACGUACUCACAAACCCGUAACUACUUACAGGCCUACAAGCCAAAUUAGCCGCAAGGGACAGGCCCAGAACCCUCCCCAUCGCCCUACUUACACACUUACACGCACUUACAAACCAUAUCUACCGGAGUCUACCAAAAACUCCAAAACUGAACAUAGUACUUACUUAACGCCUAGGCCUAUUGCAAAUCCAAAAAAAGGUUCUUCGUACGUACCAGCGACUACUUAUAGGCCUACUUUUCCUAUAGGGCUACGAAUCACAAGAUGAGAGA